AUGUUGACAUGUCAAAGUUAUUCGGGACUUGUUGGAUGCGCAGAUAAAACACAAUUUGGUUGUGAACAAUGUGAAGAGGGGUAUUACUUGGACUCGGUUAUUCCUCGGUGCAAAACAUGUAUUGAAAACUGUACAAAGUGUUCAAAUCAAUACUCAUGCGAGGUGUGCCAAAAAGACAACAUAUAUGUCAACAAAAAGUGUGUUCAUUAUACUCAUUUCAAGUAUUGUAUUGAAGCGUUUAAUAGUGAAUGUUUGAAAUGUAGUGAAGGUAAACAACUCAGUGAUGAUAGAAAAUCAUGUGAAGACACUACAAACACAGUUUUAAUAACAAGUUUAUCAGUCACUUUUAUAGUAAUAGUUAUUAUUGUAGUUAUAGUACUAUUAUUUACACUUUCCUAUUUGUACAAUUACUUUGGAAACAAAAAGAAGAUGCAGAAUGUUUGUGUAUUCAAAAUGAAGCGAUCAAAUGUUACGUUUUAUGAUAUCAACGAAUGGCUUGUAUCUAACAAGAAAACGCUUGUCUUUGUAAACGAUGACAAUGAAAAUAGCGACAUUCCAGUCGGUAAAGAAACACGCGAGUUGUUGUGUGUUGGAAACAAAUCGAAAAAUACAAUUAAAAUUCAGUUUAGUGUUUUAAAAGGAUGUGAAAAUUACAACAUCAGAACAGAGCCAAGUUUGGUUAAUUUAAAAAGUGGAGAAGCAUGUGAAUUUGAGAUGUUUUUAACACCAAUUUGUUCUUGCAACAUCGAAGAGAAAAUUGUAUGUGUUGGUCUUGAUAUUCGAAAAGGUGUUGAAAUGAUCCAACAAAUACAAAUAAGUGCAAAAACCCAGAUGACAACACAUCUUGACUAUCACGAGUUACAGGAGGAAAAACGACUUGGUGAAGGCUCGUUUGGAAUUGUGUAUUUAGGUGAAUUUCGAGGAUACAAAGUAGCAAUUAAGAAAAUGAAAGAGGGGUGCAAUGACGAAAUUAAAAUGAAAGAAUUUGAAAAGGAAGUCAAUAUGUUGGACAAAUUUAGAAGUGACUAUUUGGUCCACUUUUAUGGUGCUGUGUUCAUACCAAAUAAAGUUUGUAUGGUCACUGAAUUUGCUCAAUAUGGAAGUUUGAACGACUUGAUAAAGAACAAAAAUAAAAUAACAAUAGAAAAUGAAAUUAAAAUAAAAUUCAUGAAAGAUAUGGCAAAUGGGUUGCUUUACUUACACACAAACGGGAUUGUACAUAGAGACAUCAAACCAGACAAUUUACUCGUGUUUUCACUUGAUGUGAAUGACAAAGUAAAUGCCAAACUGACAGAUUUUGGGAGUGCAAGAAAUAUCAAUUUAUUGAUGACAAACAUGACAUUCACCAAAGGUAUUGGAACACCGGUGUACAUGGCACCUGAGGUGUUGAAAAAAGAAAAGUAUAAGAAGAGUGCAGAUAUCUAUUCAUUUGGUGUCACUUUGUACGAAACGUUAAAAUGGGGAGAAGCGUACGACAAAGAGGAAUUUAAGUUUCCCUGGAAAAUAGCAGAAUUUGUGAUUUCUGGAAAACGACUUGAGAGAAAUGAAAAUAUGAGUGACAGUCAAUAUGAAUUGAUACAAAAAUGUUGGAGUCAACAACCAGAAGAUAGACCAAAUAUCAAUGAAGUGGUUAAAUUUUUGAGAACAUCUAAAAAAUAA